UUAUAACUUUCAGGAAGAAUCAUUAUAGUCAACCCGCGUAGUCAUCAUUAUUAGUUGCUAACAGCAAUUACGGGAUAUUUAUUUUCCAACAAUGCUGUGAAGAAACAACCGUCAGUGGUCCAAAAAUAUAAGCCUGGCAUCUUUAAUGAGUUUUUACAACCCGUGGUCAAUGCCAAUUGUGGUGGAUGUUUCGUCUCGAAAGUAUCACCAGCCCAGUAGUGCCACGACCCAGACAGAUGUAUGUAGUGUUAAGUCAUUAAAAGUCUAAGUAACAAGAUCAUUCCUCGAACUAUUUAAUUAAGAGAGGAAUAAGCAGGUGAAAUUCUGCUUUGAUGCAUAAAGGUUAGGAAGGAAGGCAAAACUACGAUUUUGCGAUAUAUUCAUUGAAGAAAUGGGACUCAAUUGUUGCAAAGAAAUAGCUGAUGCUGUAUUUAUCAUUCCCUUUACAGCUGGACGACUGCCCCAGUCAGAAUCGGAAAACAGACAAUCAGAACAGAAGAAAAAAGUUCACGAUGGAAGUAUAAGCGGUAUCAUCAUCCUAACUAGUAUUCUAGUUGUAACAUUUGUUGUUCUUUUUGGGAUCGCAUCUUUUGAGCAUCCUACUGACAAAACGUUCACCGGUUCUUCAGUUGGUUCUAAGCAAGUAUAUUUGAGCAUUUGCUUUCUCAUAGCAGCCGUAACUUGCAUCGUUUUCAUGAUUGUUCAUCGACUUAGGAAUAGCAUAGCGAAUGCUCACACACAAGAUCGAUUUUUUCUAAGGAUUAAACUAUCGUUUUUGUGGAUUUUUACUGGCAUCACUGUUUUCUAUUCGGCAGUCAAGAUCAUAAAGGCUAUAACUUGUCAUCCAAAGGUUACCACUUCACAUCAAAUCGGGUGCAAAAACUCUACUGUAUCGUCGCCAGAGUAUGAGAGUGUAAUCGUCAUGUACAAAAUUGUACAGAUUUUAUUCUGCAUAGUUCAGUCGACGUUUGUUCAUAGAUUUAUAAAUUAUAAUUUCUGUGUUUCAUGGAAAAUUUAUUACAGUCUUUUGUUGAUAUUCCUGGCUAACAUUUCGCAGUGGACUCAAUUUUUUGUUGAUGUUUACGUAAUGGAAGGCGGAGCCGCAACACCGUGUUUUGCAUACAACAAAACUAGUAUCGACAAUAAGUGCUAUGCAGCAACCGUGUUUGAAGCAGUUAAACCAUAUUGUCAUCUUAUAGAACUAGAAUAUUCACUGCUAAGUAUGAUGUUUUUAGCAGAAUUAUGGCCUGCACCUGCACAAAAUCAAAGUUCAAAUAAUGAACUAAUAACUAUACAAGAGAGUCGGUCCAUUGUAUCAUGUUCAACUUCGACUGGGGAUGACACAAGCCAGGCUCCAACGCAAUCAAUAACCAAUGGAGAAAAUUCGAACGACAUUGAACUACUUAUUCCUGAAAAAUCUUUUAAUUCAUUUUCCUCUUAUUCAGUUAUAUGUGUUGUGACUGGCAUUCUUAUCUGUGCCCCAAAUUUUGUAUUUGGAUUUCUCUCAAAAUCCGAAAACAUAUCUAAAGCGAAUAUUAGCGAUUCGGAUAUUCCUAUUUACUCAAAAUCGUCCUUGGCCGAGCUGUUAGGUUUCUCCUAUGAUAUAGUUAUAACCGUGAUUUUGAUUGUACUUCUCACUUUCUGCUUUCAUGCUUUAUCGUGGGGUUCUUAUUUUAAAGCCACGCGUUCCGUUGAAAUAUUUCACUUUCACCAAAAUAUACUAAUUAUCAGUUUCUUGGGAUCUAUUGCUUAUGUGUCUUUUGAACUUUUGUCAUGUGUUCUGUUGCUGGAAGUUUUUGGCAAAAACGGACUUAAUACGGUAAAUAAAGAUGCAUAUCUUUUAAUGGUAAAAUGGGGAAUAAAAAUUUAUCAACUUUAUUUGCAGGUUAUAUGCAUCUUACAAUUUGAUAAUUAUGAAAAAGCGAGGUGUGUUAAAGGAAAUAAGUUUUUGAUGAUGACACACAGUAUUUUUCUGGUGAUAGCGACACUUAAUUUUUGUUUUUGGGUUGGUGACAGUAUAUUUGAAGCAACAUCUUACGACAAUAAUGUUCUACAAGUUGUAUAUGAUAGGGGAGUAGAAAAACUUAUCACUCACUUUUUAUUCCCUUUUUUGGUUUUCUUUCGUUUCGAGUCCUUCAUCUGUUUCUACGGUAUUUAUAGAAAAAAGCAAAUAUAUGAAUAAGUUCUCGGCGGGACAGGAAUUUUUAGUUUGUAAUUGAUCGACCUUUUUAAAUGUUUCUAUAUUAAGAUAAAGAGAUGUAAUAUGAUUGCCAAUUAGACAACCAUCACUUAAAGUGCAAAUGCUGUACAUGUAAAUAAUCUUAGGCAAUCAUACGGCCUCAAAAAUUAAAACAUUAUACUUACAAGUAAUAUUUUCAAACUGUGUGAAUUGAUAACUUUAGAUUAUAACUAUUAUUACAUUGGUAGCAAUGAAUUACAUUGAUUUCCCAGUCAAAUAAAAACCGAUAAUUUCACAUGUGAAAUAAACGUAGUUAUUUCACUCUCUGACGUCAUACAACAAUAGGCGUUGUCAAGACGUCGAUAACGUCGGAUCAAAACAAAUUGUGAAUGCGUAGAAAAAGAUAUAGUUCCUUACAGUUUCUACUUUAAUUUCAUAAAAAAGCCAUUUGCCAAUGUAAUAAAAAGAAUAACUAAUCAAAGAAUUAAAAUAUCGAAAAAUAUUCAACUCGUGACCAAACAACACUGAUAAUUAACUCAUGCGCUACGCGCAUUCGUGAAUUAAUGUGUUGUUCGGUCACUCGUUGAAUAUUUUUCUCUCUAUUUGAAUUUUUCGAUUAGUUAUUCUAUAGUUAUUGAUGAGAAGAGAAAAUCCAAAACCUCGAGUCGAGUUUUUUUUUUUCUUCAUAAUAUUUUUGGGAAACUAAGAAAGUGGAAAAUUCCUAUUUGCUUUUUCAUAAAUUUCUGGUUGUAACAUGCAUCAUGUUUAACCCCGCCGCAUUUUUGCGCCUGUCACAAGUCAGGAGCCUCUAGCCUUUGUUAGUCUUGUAUUAUUUUUAAUUUUAGUUUCUUGUGUACAAUUUGGAGUUUAGUAUGGCGUUCAUUAUCACUGAACUAGUAUAUAUAUUUGUUUAUGGGCCAGCUGAAGGACGCCUCCGGGUGCGGGAAUUUCUCGCUGCAUUGAAGACCUGUUGGUGACCUUCUGCUGUUGUCUGUUCUAUGGUCGGGUUGUUGUCUCUUUGACACAUUCCCCAUUUCCAUUCUCAAUUUUAAGUAAUAACCGUUUAUAAGCUGGGAAAGUUUUUUUAAUUGCAAUAAACACAAUCAUUGGAAGGGGCCUCGGUGGCCGAGUGGUCUAAGUAGUCCAAUACUGAUGUUGUGAGUUCGAAUCCCGCACGGGACAGGUGCACUCGACUCCAAUCUUAAUUAAUCUUAAUUGACUAGGAUUGUCAGGUUCUCUCCGGGCACUCUGGCUUCCUCCCCAAUAAAAACUGAACGCCACGAAAUAGCACAAUAGUGUUGAAAGUGGCAUUAAACACCAAUCAACCAAUCAAUCUAUCACAAACAUUGAAAUAGUACAUCCCUCUUUUCUCACUUUAUUAGUUCAUACAGAGAAACAAAAGGGGUUUAAUUACAACUAUAUAAAGUAUAAAAAGCAUAAGAUUCUUAAAACUUAUGAUAAAAUGCAAUUUUUUUUUUUUAAUUUUCUGCUCAUUUACUAUGUUGAAAAAUUUUGUUACGCUGUCCAAACAUAUCAACGUAUAUAUGACACAAAUUGUCAGUUUAUUUCAAAUAAUUGUCCUGUGACGUUUUGCUUUAUUACAGAGACAUAGAAUUUACAAUUUUACAUAUAAAUCGUUUUGACUACAUUACAAAAAAAAAAAAAAAAAAAAAAAAACA